ACGAGCGAUUGAAUCGUCUUAAUGAGUUAUUUUAAUUCCAAACAGUCGUGUGGGCCGGAAAGCGGAAGUGCGCGGCGGUGACUUCUCUCACUUCCUCUCGCAGUCUGGAGUAGUCUCGACCCGGCUGUCAAGCGCGAGCGAUCUGGCGGAACCAAACGGCGGCUCGUCGCUGUGUUUACACCCGGGCGCCGAACUCCCACAACACCGCAGGGUCGCGAGAACCUCCCCGGGGGUGGGGAUGAGCGGGGACAUGGACGAGCAACGCGGGCCGGUGCUGCACAUCGUGGUGGUCGGCUUCCACCAUAAGAAAGGCUGCCAGGUGGAGUUUUCCUACCCGCCGCUGAUGCCGCACGAAGGUCACGACAGCAACACGCUGCCCGAGGAGUGGAAGUACCUUCCUUUCCUGGCUCUUCCAGACGGAGCUCACAACUACCAGGAAGACACGGUCUACUUCCACCUGCCCCCCCGAGGCGGGGACGACAAGUGCGUCUACGGCGUGUCCUGCUACCGGCAGAUUGAGGCGAAGGCUCUGAAGGUGCGACAGGCGGACGUCACGCGGGAGACGGUGCAGAAGAGCGUCUGCGUGCUGAGCCGUGUGCCUCUCUACGGUCUCCUCCAGGCCAAGCUGCAGCUCAUCACACACGCCUACUUCGAGGAGAAGGACUUCUCCCAGAUCUCCAUCCUGAAGGACCUGUACGAGCACAUGAACGGCUCCCUCAGGGGUUCGGCUCUGGACGGCUCCCAGGUGUUCCUCGGUUUGUCCCCGCGAGACCUCAUCCUGCACUUUAGACACAAGGUCCUCAUCCUCUUCAAGCUCAUCCUGCUGGAGAAGAAGGUGCUCUUCUACCUGUCCCCCGUCAGCAGGCUGGUGGGAACGCUGAUGACCGUCCUGUCCCUGUUCCCAGGUGUGAUCGAGCACGGCCUGGUGGACUCGUCUCACUACAGACCCAAGAGCAGCACGUCCGAGGACCUGCUGGACAGCGUCCCCGGGGCCGAGGGCUUCGUCUCCGUGUCGGCCAGCGACGUCCCGCCGCCGUCCUCGCCCUCCAGGGGCGGCGCCGGCGAUGAUAACAACCACCUGAAGCCGCCGUCCCGCACGUCCCCGGAGUCCUCCGAGAGCGACUGGGAGACCCUGGACCCCGGCGUGUUGGAGGAGGGGCCCAAGGACGAGGGGAAGGAGGCGGCGCCGGACGCCUUCGAGUCCAAGCCGACCACGCCCAUCACGGCGCAGCCCAUCGGCGGGCAGGGAGGGGUGACGCAGGGGCUGGUGUCGGGUCUGGAGGAGGACCAGUACGGACUGCCGCUCGCCAUUUUCACCAAAGGUUACUUGUGUCUGCCCUACAUGGCGCUGCAGCAGCACCACCUCCUGCUGGACGUGGCGGUGCGCGGCUUCGUUGCCGGGGCGACCAACAUCCUCUUCCGCCAGCAGAGGCACCUCAGCGACGCCGUCAUCGAGGUGGAGGACGCGGCGGUCCACAUCCAGGACGCCGAGCUGCGCAAGACCCUCAGCCUGACCACGGCCGACCUGCGCUUCGCCGACUACCUGGUCAAGCACGUGACGGAGAACCGCGACGACGUCUUCCUGGACGGCACGGGCUGGGAGGGCGGGGACGAGUGGAUCCGGGCGCAGUUCACGCUCUACAUCCACGCCCUGCUGGCGUCCUCCCUGCAGCAAGAUAACGAGAGGCUGCUGGCGGAUUACGGCGCUCCCUUCAUCACCGCCUGGAAGAUCACACACAACUACCGCCUGUGGCACAGCAACGCGCACCCCGCCAUGGCCGCCGUCACCCCGGGACAUCCUUUCCAGGGACAGUACAGCGUGGCCGAUGUCAAACUUCGACUGUCGCACUCGGUGAACAGCAGCGAGCGAGGGAAGAAGCUGGGGAACGCCAUGAUGACCACCAGCAGGAGCGUGGUGCAGACCAGCAAGGCCGUGGGUCAGUCGGUGGGCGGAGCCUUGACCAGCGCCAAGUCGGCCAUGUCCUCGUGGUUCUCCACCCUGGCCCAGCCCGCCGCGGGGUCCCAGCCGGGAGAGCCCGAGCCCGCCACGGAAGUCAAACCCUGACCACGUCCCG